GAUGGACAAGACCCUCGGCUGCCUCUGCCUAGCACCAAAUCCAUAGCCGCACUGCAGGCUGUGCUAGCUGCUGAAAUGAGCCACUUGCGCCUGUGGGAGCACAUCUGGCGCACUCGGCAGGCGGCCCCCUUUGCAUUGAUUCUUGAGGAUGAUGCCAGGAUUCCGAGGAAUCUGGAGCAGCACUUGGCAUGGCUCCGGGAGAUCCCGGAGGAUUGUGACAUGGUGAUGCUGGGUUACUACCUCAUGUGUUACACUGAUGGCAACCUGACUCAGUCUUGCGACAGGGACAGCCAUGAGUACAGAGACUUUGUUAGGAUUGAAAAGGCUGUUUCCGAAGGAGGCACGCAAAAGGCCCUCGUACAUGGUCCAGCACGAUUUGCAGGUGCUCACGCCUACCUGGUGAAGGUAGAGAGCAUUCCUCGGCUACUCCGGCAUGUGGAGCACAUUCGAGAUCAGGUCCUCGCCAACUCUUCCCUCCCGUUGAAGAUGAUGGGCACCGAUUAUGCCACAGACUUUGGGAAGGAUUGUCGCAAAUAUGUCAGAAGCCCACCGACCAUCCAGCAAGCCCAUGACCUUUACAAAACGCAGAUUCCAACGAGAAUUUGGAUGAAAUUUGAGGAGCAUAGAGGUCAGGUGGCUGAUGUGAGUUUUGAGUUCAGUGCCGGUAGUAUUAUGCUGAUUGGGGCAAGCUUGCUUGCGCUAUUCGCCAUGUCGUCCUCCCGGUUUCAGACGAGUUGCCGAGGUGGAGAUGACCCUGUGGUGCAAACUUUUCUGGGAGAAGAGCCGAUGUAG